AUGAAUUACAAAUCAAGUGUCAUCAUUAUCGAGGUGGAGUGUGGAUUGAGCCAGACCACUGAAAUCACUGAUCGGAUUUUAGUUGGCAAAGGCACCACAUGUGUCCGUAACUCCCAGCCAUGGCAAGUGGCAUUGUUUGACGGUGCCUCUUUUCAGUGUGGAGGUGUCCUAAUUUCCUCCCAGUGGAUCCUCACAGCAGCCCACUGCAACCACAAGCGAUACUGGGUGCGCCUUGGGGAGCACAACCUUCGGAAACUGGAUGGGACCGAGCAGAUCCGGAAGACUGGGAGCUCUGUGACCCACCCUGGCUUCCAGCCAAGAUCACUCAUCCACGACCAUGACCUGCGUCUAAUGAAGCUUCUCACCCCUGUCCGAAUCACCAGUGCCGUUCGACCCUUGGCUCUGCCUACUGCCUGCCCCACACCAGGGACGCUGUGUCUGGUGUCUGGCUGGGGUAAAACUAGACCCCAAAAUGAACGGCACCCAGACCAACUCCAGUGUCUGUCCUUAACCAUCGCUUCAAAUAACACGUGCCAUACUGCCUUCCCUGGAAAGAUUACAGAGAACAUGGUGUGUGCAGGAGGUAGUGUGCCUGGACAGGAUGCUUGUAAUGGGGAUUCAGGAGGACCACUGGUGUGUGACAACGUCUUGCAGGGCCUGGUGUCAUGGGGCAAUGGGUGUGGUCAGUUAGGCACCCCUGGUGUAUAUGUUAAGAUAUGCAAGUAUUUGGAUUGGAUUCAGAAGACAGUGAAAAAGAACUGA